AUGCAUUUAGCGGAGCUUUUAUUUGUGUCUUCGCUCUCUGUGGCCACCUUCGCCCUCGACAAUGGAGUGAUGAGGGUCCCUCCCAUGGGCUGGCUGGCAUGGGAACGAUACCGCUGUGACAUCGACUGUGACCACGACCCCAAGAACUGCAUCAGUGAGAAUCUGUUCAUGGAAAUGGCAGACCGACUGUCUGAGGACGGCUGGAGGGAACUGGGCUACGUGUAUGUGAACAUAGAUGACUGCUGGUCCUCCAUGAAGAGAGACGACAAUGGACGGCUACAGGCUGACCCCAAAAGAUUCCCAGGAGGCAUCCAUAAACUGGCACGCUACAUGCAUGACAGGGGUCUCAAGCUGGGCAUCUACGGGGACAUGGGCACACACACCUGCGGGGGCUACCCGGGGACAACACUGGACAAGAUAGAGUUAGACGCUCAGACCUUUGCCGACUGGGAGGUGGAUAUGUUUAAAUUUGAUGGUUGUUAUUCUAACGCCACAGAGCAAGAGCAGGGUUACCCUCUAAUGUCAAAGGCUUUAAAUGCCACUGGACGUCCCAUUGGCUACUCCUGCAGUUGGCCUGCCUACCAGGGAGGCCUACCACCUAAGGUAAACUACACACAGUUGGGUGAGAUCUGCAACCUGUGGCGUAACUAUGGUGACAUCCAGGAUUCCUGGGACAGUGUGCUGAACAUUAUUAACUGGUUCUUUGAAAACCAAGAUGUCCUGGUAUCUGCAGCUGGACCUGGAAAGUGGAACGACCCUGAUAUGUUGAUUGCUGGUAACUUUGGCCUCAGCAUGGAACAGUCUCGGUCUCAGAUGGCUAUUUGGGCGAUUAUGGCUGCUCCUCUUUUUAUGUCCAAUGACUUGUGCACCAUCAACAGUGGGGCCCGCAGCAUCUUGCAGAACAAAAUUGCAAUCGGCAUCAAUCAGGAUCCCAUGGGCAUCCAAGGAAGGCGCAUUUUAAAGGAGAAGAGUGGCAUUGAUGUGUACUGGCGCCCACUGUCAAAAAAUGCCAGUGCAUUGGUCUUCUUCAGUCGUCGUAAUGACAUGCCCUACCGAUACCAGACUUCCCUCAGCAAACUCAACUACACCACAGGCAGCUACCAGAUCUAUGAUGCCUUCACGGAGAAGACCAUGACGCUGAAAGACUCCACUAGCUUCGUGGUGUCAGUGAACCCAACAGGUGUGGUCAUGUGGUAUGUGUCUGCGCCUGCCAAACGGAACAUCCGCCAGUUCUACAGAGGUGGCAGACUGCAGGGAUCACUCUUCGAUGAUGAUGAAAACGCCAUUUCUCCUGUCUUCCUCUGAUCCCUGACUGAUUUAACUUGAUUACAUAAGGAUGUAAGAGUUUCAUCUUAAAAGCAUGGCACUAACUAUUACAAGUACAGUAAUCCAUUGAAGCUCAGGGACAGCAAUCUGGAAAUGCUCCUUAUCUGUAUUUUUUUAAUUCUUAAAUUCUUCACAUGCAGUAUCAAUAAAAUAAAACAAAACAAAACCCACUUAAUGUGAUUGAAAAAUCCAUGAUUUUAAACACAUGUAUGUACUUCACAGAGCAUUAGGGCAGAUGAUUAAUUGUAUCUCUGUUGAGAUUUCCAAAAAGCUGAAAGACUGGUUUCAGAUCAGCACUUUAAUGCAGAUUAUUCUGUGAAUUAUGUUCUUCUCUGAAAUAAAUAUUUUAAAUUAA